AUGUUGUAUAAUGGAACGAACGUGUCUGUCCAAUACCAACAAACGCGUACCGUCUGUUUUCAAAACGAAUCUGAUCCGUAUUUUAAAAUACAAGAACACGUUCAGCAAGUUACGACUGAAAAAUUGUUGUCUCUGACACUCUCGAACUCUAUUCCAGUCAUUUUUACGGUUAUCCUGGUCGGUGCUUACGUGGAUUAUUUGGGACGCAAGACGAUAUUUAUUGUCGCCAUAUGUGGUCAUUUUUCCCGGAAUCUGUGCUUGGCUGUUGUUAUUUAUUGGCAUCUUGAUACUGAUUAUUUAUUUAUCGGAUAUGGAAUCGACGCAUGUUGUGGAGGAUUUUGCGCAUUUUUACUCGUAACAUACGCAUUUGUGGCUGAUCACACCGCAAGAUCUAAAUCAAGGACCUUCAUAAUGGGAGUGCUCACGCUGUGUAUCGGCUUGGCCAACACUUUCGGUUUCGUGAUCACGGGAUAUUUUAUUCAAAACGUCGGAUAUUUCUAUCCAAUGGUAACCUCCGUUUCUUCAACUCUUGUAGGUCUCCUCAUCGCAUUAUGUUGUGUAUCCGAAACGCUGGCUGAUAGACCGAAAACGUUCGUCUCGCCAUUUAUAGGGAUUCAGAAUGUGUUCAGAUUUUAUUAUCACAAGGAUUAUGCUGGGCAGAGGCAUCUCUUUUGGCUGGCGUCGUCUGGCUUUUUCUUUUUAAUGAUUGGUCCUUUAGUGUCGGGUCAGACUAUCGAUACACUGUACGAAUUGAACGCACCAUUCUGUUGGGAUCCUAUCAAAAUAGGAUGGUACAGUACAGCCACUAUGGGUUUGUUGUCGCUUGUAGGCCUCGGAUUUCUACGAGUAAUGCAGAAGCGGUUUUCAGAUGGUACUAUAGCUCUAUUAGGUGUUGUCUCCAUUGGUGCCAGAGAAAUUUACAUCAGUUUUUGUGAUUCGGAUAUGAUGUUAUAUUUUGCACCGGUGAUAGGAAUGUUAUUUUUUGGUAGCAUGGCAGUCAACAGAUCUGUAAUAUCACAGAUGGUACCUAAAGACAGACAAGGUUGUGUGUUUGCUAGUUUGGCGUUUGUGGAAGCCCUUAUGUAUGCAUCAGGGGGUCCCCCAUUUAACCUGAUUUAUAAAGCUACUGUAGAUUACUAUAGAGGGGCUGUGUAUAUAGUUAUGGGGGCUAUACAUGUUCUAGAUUUCUUUAUCUUUUUGUAA